GAUCCCCACGAUGAGGACGAUGCCACGCGUAUGAGACCGCGGAGCCAACGCGAGACGAGACUCGAGAACCUCAGCCUCCAACCAACCCACCGACGCAGCGUCGCGCUCGCUCAUUCAUCGCGCGUUCUCCUCGCGGACGGUGGUGUCUUCCCGGUUUCUUUUGUCCUUGUCCCCGACGACGUCUUCGUCUCAGCGAGGCAGGUCGCGCUUCGACGCGCAGGAAACGCGAAGGAAAGAGAGAAAGACAGACAAAAGAAAAGAAAGUGAGGUAUUCGGAUCGUCAUGAAAGUCGAUGUAUUCUGUUUGGCGGCACUCUGCCUGGUCGCGAUCUCUCUCGCCAAGAUCGAAGUCGAGGAUGGGGUCCUUGUGGUCACCAAGGACAACUUCGACAGCGUCAUUCAGGACAACGAUUACGUGCUUUUAGAGUUUUAUGCCCCGUGGUGUGGACAUUGUAAAGCACUGGCACCCGAGUAUGCUAAAGCGGCAAAGAAAUUAGAGGAAACUAAUUCACCAAUCAAAUUGGGCAAAAUAGAUGCGACAGUCGAAUCGGCACUCACUGAGAAACACUUAGUAAGAGGAUACCCUACUCUUAAGUUUUACCGUAAAGGAAUCCAGAUCGACUACACCGGUGGCCGUCAGGCUGACGAAAUUGUGAACUGGCUGCUCAAGAAAACUGGUCCUCCUGCUAAAGAUUUGACCACGGUUGAUGAAGCUAAAGCAUUUAUCGAGGCACACAAAGUCGCCAUUGUUGGAUUCUUUAAGGACGUUACAAGUGAUGCCGCCAAGAUAUUCUUGGAAGUUGGUAGCAUAGUAGAUGAUCAUGUGUUUGGUAUUACAAGCGCCGACGAAGUGUUCAGCGAAUACGGAAUUGAAGAUGGAAAGAUCGUGCUAUUUAAGAAGUUUGAUGAAGGUAAAGCCGUCUUUGAUGGAGAGUAUACGACUACAGCUGUACAGAAUUUCAUUUCCGUAUUUUCGUUACCUUUGGUUGUCGAAUUCAACCAGGAUACGGCGCAGAAGAUCUUCAGUGGAGAUAUCAAGAGCCAUUUGUUGCUUUUCCUCAGUAAAGAAGCCGGUCACUUUGAAAAAUAUAUCGAAGGAAUUCAAGAGCCAGCGAAGAAAUACCGUAGCGAGGUUUUAUUUGUGACAAUCAAUUGUGAUGAAACCGAUCACGAACGAAUUCUGGAGUUCUUCGGUUUGAAAAAAGAUGAUGUGCCCGCUAUGCGGCUUAUCAAGCUUGAACAGGAUAUGGCUAAGUACAAGCCUGAUAAACCAGAGAUAACCACCGAGAAUGUCCUGGAAUUUGUCACUGCUUUCGUAGAGGGCAAACUGAAACGACAUCUGCUUACCCAAGACUUGCCGGAGGACUGGGACAAGAACCCGGUUAAGAUUCUUGUCGGCACAAACUUCCACGAGAUUGCCUUUGACAAGAAAAAGGAUGUUUUUGUUGAAUUCUACGCUCCUUGGUGCGGUCAUUGUCAGCAAUUAGCGCCCAUUUAUGACCAACUUGGCGAAAAAUACAAGGACAACGAUAAAUUGGUCAUCGCAAAAAUGGAUGCCACUGCUAAUGAGUUGGAGGAUAUAAAGGUUCUGAACUUCCCUACGCUGACACUCUAUAAGAAAGAGACGAAUGAGGCUGUGGAAUAUAACGGAGAGAGGACGCUUGAAGGUCUUUCCAAAUUUAUUGAAAGCGGUGGCGCGUAUGGCGAAGCUGCAGAAGAGGAUCGCAGACAUUCGGGAGUAAUGGACUGUACGUUGAAUUUGUCAAAUUUAUACGAACUGUUGCAUAACACUUUGUUAAUCACAGAGGAAGUGAAGGAAAUAUUGAGAAAAGAUUGUGACGAAGCAGCAUUCGUUUUAAAACCGUGGCAGAUGAAAACCGUGGUUGAAAAACGAAUCAACGAAAACAUUUGUAUUUGUAAAAAAAAUGAAAACGAAGCUGAGGAGAUCGCUGCGGGAAUAAGCAGAGCGAUCGUUCUUGCACAAGAAUUGCGGGAAAAAUUGAAGCUUAAUGUAGCAUCGAAAAAAAAAGUAUCCUUAAGAAAAGAUACAGUUGAAAAUAUUUAUCUAUCCAAUUCUGCAUCGACUAGCGAUCGCAAGAAAAUUUCGAAAAACAAUAUUACAACGCAAAAAACAAAUAUCGCUAAAAGCCCCCAUUGCCCCAAAAGAUCAAGUGCACUUCAAAAUAAAAUAACUUCUAUCGUGACGAAAAAAUCUAUUGGCGGUAUAAAGCGAAGUAACGCAAUCGAAACGAUGCAAUCAAAGGCGUCAUCUGCAAAAGUUGCAGGAAAGUUACAGAAAGGGAAGAAUUUUAUACUGAAAAAUAAAUUAAACAUUAAGAAGAUAAGUUCAGCAAAUAAACUACAAAUUGGCGAUGAUCCUGAUGAUAUUCCGCAAAAUUCAAGAAAGUCUCUAUCGCCUGAAGCAUCAGCUGCUGAAUUAAGCGAUUUGAUACAUAAAAUGACACGACAAUCUACUGAGAAUAUAUCAAUUUCUUCUCCCGGGAAUAUUAAGAACGAUUGUCCAUUGCAUGGAAAUGAUGGACAUCAGUCCAUUCAAGAACAAAUUGUAACGAUAGAUGUAGUGGAAGCGCUCCAACAUUUUAAUGUGCCGAAUGAAAUUGUUAAAGUAUUGAGAACUUAUUACUCAUUUUUAAAAACUGAAACAGAUAGCUCGAAUGAUAUUAAUGAGGAUAGAUUUCAGAAAUCAGUUAACACUUUUCUAAAAGAAUUCGAAGCGAUGAAUAUAACCAUGCAAGAUCAUUUAUUAGAAGAACCUCACUUGCUUGAUAAGACAGCAAAAUCAAUAACUGUAUUUAGUAGCAUUCUUACUAAAGAUUUAGAUUCGAGCCAGUCCAAUGACAUGAAAAUUGCUUCCACUGAAGCAGUAGGAACCUCUUUUAAACAAUAUGAUAUUAACAUUGCAAAACCGAUUACAAAAGAUCCAUAUAAUCUUUCUUUGACAAGAGGAUGGAUGUCGAACGGCAUUUGGAAUAUUUCCUGUAUGGAGCAUUUUAAAAAUUUUUCUAAAGUCCUUAAUAUAAGAUACUGUAACAAGAAGCAAUUAUUAUCGCUGUACGAAGCAAUACAAAAGUUACAGCGCACCAAGUAUUUGAAUACAUUAAUCGAAAUUGUUUUACGCGACAUGAUACCCACCGUUAAAUCUAAUAUCGAGCCUGCAAGCACAGAGUAUGCACAAGCAUAUAAAACAUUGUUCAUUCUCUACCAAGGUUUAAAUCCCGAAGUACCGGUUUUAGUAAAGACCGAUAGCUAAGUCUCACACCAUGAUAUAUUCUCUG